AUGACUUUAUUAACAAGUUCCUUUUUGGUUGACUGUGUGGGUUUCGUCGUCGCAAUAAUAACGGUGGUGUAUGCUUACUUCGUAUGGGCACUUCAGUAUUGGAAGAGAAGGAAUAUACCCUACGUAGAGCCCGUCAUCCCUUGGGGAAACCUGGAGAAUCCCAGCAAGAGGACGAUGUUUAUCGGAGACAGGUUUCGAGAGAUUUACAGGCAGGCGCGUUGGAAGUACUGUGGCAUGUUCGGCAUGACCAGGCCCAUGUUCGUCGUCUUGAACUUGGACUUGGUCAAACAGGUCAUGACGAAGGACUUCCACAACUUCGUGGACAGAGGCUUUUACACGAACGAGAAAGAUGACCCACUAAGCUGUCACCUCUUCGCUAUCGGUGGUACCAAAUGGAGGAAUUUGAGGACUAAGUUUACCCCAACGUUUACGUCCGGCAAAAUGAAGGCCAUGUUUGGUUCGGUGCUCAAAUGUGGGACAGUUAUGGAGAAGUACCUUGAAGAACAAGUCGGCAACAAGGAAGGCGUCGAUUUCAAAACAGUGUUAGGAAACUACACAACCGACGUCAUCGGUUCCUGCGCCUUUGGCUUGAACUGCAACAGUUUCAAGGAUCCAGAUUCUUCUUUCAGACAGUACGCAGCCAAGGUUCUAGAGAGAUCCAGGUUUGGUAACUUAAAACAAGCAUUCUGUUUCAACUUUCCGCACAUAUCUGCACUAUUAGGCCUCCGUAUGCUCCCGAAAGACGUGAGCGAUUUCUUCUUGAAGGUCAUAUACGAUACGGUCGGUUACAGGGAGAAGAACAGCGACACCAGAGAUGAUUUUCUGCAACUACUCAUCAACAUUAAGAAUAAUAAAGAUGCUCAAGCCAGUGGAUAUCAAGGCGAUGGUAAGACACUGACGAUGGACGAAGUAGCAGCCCAAAGCUUCGUCUUCUUUAUAGCUGGUUAUGAAACCAGCUCCAUCACUAUGACCUUUGCCUUGUUCGAGUUAGCCACCCAUCAGAACAUUCAAGAAAAGGUCAGGGAGGAGAUAGAACGAGUGUUAGCGAAGUACAGUGGAGAGAUAACGUACGAUUCGCUGGGCGAAUUGAAAUAUUUGAAGCAAGUUAUUGAUGAAACCCUCAGGAUGUACUCACCGUGCUCCUUUGUCACCAGAAUAUGCGCACAGGAUUACAAGGUGCCGGGAGAACAGGCUGUCAUAGAGAAGGGCACCAUGGUCAUCAUUCCUAUUCGCGGCAUUCACCACGACGAAGAAUACUAUGAAAAUCCUUCCGAAUUCGAUCCCGACAGAUUUACGGAAGAAAAUAAGGCAGCCAGGCAUCCUUACGCCCAUAUACCUUUCGGAGAAGGACCCAGGAUAUGUAUAGGGGAAAGAUUCGGCAUCAUGCAGACCAAACUGGGACUAGCCAAGAUACUGAGGAACUUCAGACUGACACUGAACAAGAAAACAAAGGUUCCAUUGGCAUAUUCGUUGGUUAGCGUCGUUCCAAGCGUUAAAGGUGGCAUGUGGCUGAAUCUUGAAAAACUGUGA